AGGAUGUCAAAGGAUUAUAGUACAAGGAUGCACUGUAACCUACUUUUCUCAACUGAGACAUGCUUUGCCCCCUCUUGGAACCCCUUAUCUGUCCUGACCUAAAAUGCUGCAGCAUCCCAUAGAGUAAAUUAGAGACCCAGCUUUUGCCAUCUUUAACCCAACUAAUCCUGAAUUGAUCCCCUAACCUAACCUAGAACACCACAAAUGAUAAAGAACUUCAGUCUAAUUGAAGAGUUAAUUUUGCUCCACAGACAUGGAUAAUAAUGAACAGUCCCAGGCAGUCCUACCUGUAGAAGUUGAUGAGGAGAAGGACUCUUUAGCAAAUAAGACAGCAGAAAUCUCAGAGAAGCCUCCAAGUGAUGAAGAAUUUGAGUGGGAGGAAUACCUAGAAGAGACACAAACGGAAGCUGUGCCACCCUCUGCCUUUUAUCAUAUGGACGUUGCAGCUCAACGAAUUGAAGAGUCUAGCUCAGCAGUACCAGGUAUUCCCGAAAGUGGGCGGGAUCUGUAUCACCUACACAAACAAUGGCAGCGCCGCUACCGCCAGCAGGAAUUUGAAUUUUCGACUGCCAGUGAAGAAGACUACAAGUUAAUUGGCUCUUCAAAUAUAACCAAGAAAUAUGCUUGGGAUUCUUCAAUAGCUCACUCGGUGAGUGGUGAGACAACAGUCUCACCAGACUUCAAAAAGGGGUCCCAACAGAUAGGGGAAAACAGCAAUAUGGAGGUUACAUUUGCGAGUGAAAUUUUGGAGCCCAACAAUGCUUCCCUUCAAGCCUUUGAUGAAGACCAGCAGCUAUGCUAUCAAAAAGUAAUGGAUAGAAUCAGAAACCUGGAAAAAUAA